AUGAAGGCAGCGAAGCUUUGGCGGCUCAACGGCAACGGUGGUGCCGUAGGUGUGAUGCUUACAAGCCGCCGCGAGCGCAUCACUGCAAAGCCUGCGAACGCUGCAUCGUCAAGAUGGAUCAUCAUUGUGUCUGGACAGUAUCUUGGGCCGAAUGUCUUCCAGCUGAGCCACGUGUUCAUCCUCGUGGUGACGAACUCACUGGUUCUUUUCGCCCUGAUCCUCCUCCUGGGCCGCACAGUCUGGUCCAUGUCUUUGAACAUGACUACGAUCGAAAGCUGGGAGAUCGAACGACACGAGACUUUGCUUCGUCGCGCACGCACAUUGGGCGGACAUCUCGAUGGACCAGAGGGCAAGAAGAUCCGCAUCGAGCGACAAGAAUUUCCUUGGGAUGUGGGCAUCUGGCGGAAUCUCUGCGCAAUGAUGGGAAGCCGGAAUCCACUGGUUUGGUUCUGGCCGUUUGCGCGAAGUCUGACCCUGGAGAGCGGGCUACAGUUUGAGCACAAUGGCAUAGAAGAUCCCAGCAAACCAUGGCCUCCGCCAGACCCAGAUCGAAUGUUUCGCGUACCACGGCAGCAUAUAUCCGGAAACGGCUUCACGCAAUCAAUGGACGUCGCACAAUUUCGCAAAAGGCAGGAAGCCGACCUGGCUCGUCACGCUGAUGCCGACGGCGAGUACGUUGUCCGACGGAAGCCUUUCCACGAACGACUCGAAGACAUGCAGAGGCACCGUCCAACAGCGCAUAGGGAGGAUGACGUUGCCGUCGAGACCGACAGCGAGGCAUCAGACUCUGAGGAAGAGGAACUUCCCGUUCGCGAAAACAUCGUGGAUGAUGCAGGAGAAGAGGGAUGGCGGAACAAGGAAGGAGAAAGGUUGGGAGAUUUCGGUGUGGAUGAGGUUGCCGAUUUUUAUGAUGAAGACGACAUGCCUUUGGCCGACAUUAUCCGGAAGCGUCAGGCCGAGCAUUGA